AUGGCUGAGGCUUUUUGUUUUACUGAGGUGCAACUGAGACUGCAAGCUGAGACAAAUGCUAAGGCAAUAAGAUUUGGCAAGGGCCAGCAGCCUAAGCCUAGAGCAGAGCUGAUGAAGCAGAAUGAGAAGAUUGAGGCUAUUAUGCUCAAACAUGGCAUCACUCAAGACAAGGUCAACAAACACAUUGGAGGCAAAAAGCACUACAAGGGGCAUUGUAAUGUGCAACUCGCCAAUGCUCUGAUGCACACAAAAACCCAGGAAGUCAACACAGAUUGUCCUCACAGGGCAAAACAUACACUUGACAAGAUUCAAGAAAUGGUGAAUGAUGAUGAAACUUUGCAGAACCUAUCACCCAAGGAUCAGCUGUUAUGAACUAGGAUUAUUGUAACAACAGCAGCUUGAUAAGAGCAAUGGCUGAAGUUAAGUCAAGACCUUGCAAAUGCAAGGGUCGUAAGACAAGACAAAGAGAGUGUCUCCA